AGCUCAAAGAGGGAACACAGAUUUAAACCUCGUUCUUUUAAAGCCACAAACUGAACUGCUUUUACAUAUCCUGAUACAUGUUUUCCAAGUUUGAAGAUCAGAAUUUUCAUCUUUAAAGCCGAGGAUCCAAGACAGACAGGGAUCUAUCUCCAUGUAGUCAGGGAUUACAGACAAGGCUGAAAUUGAUCUUUGAAGAAUCCUUCAGCACCAGUGGCAUUAGAUAUUUAGCAGACACGUUUUCCUUUCAUGCUUUGCAUGAGAAAAGGCAGCUAUGUCUGUGUCCAAAACUGGAACGGCUGAUUCUAUGAGAUGAUAAGAUAUGAUGUACUGUAAAAAAAAAAGCGUGUGGUAUAUUUAAUCAGCAGAAAGGAGGUCCUUGAAGUUGAUGGCCUCAAUCAAGAAAUGGAGGACAUUGUCAGAACAGUUCUUGGCAACUUGAGCAACCUCCAGCCCUUUUCCACCAGUCACUACACAGUCUUUCCUUAUAAGAAACGCUGGGGAGUGUGUGGACACAGCACAAAUAAUCUGAAUCUGUACCCCUUUACUAUCAUCGUCUACGUGGAGAAAAACAUGCACAGAGGAAAGCAAACACAGGAGAACAUGUGCUCUGUUUCUUGUGAGCCUCAGAGAAAAUGCUGUCGGAGAGACUCACCACUAGAGGAGGCCAUCCUACAGGACUUAAUUAACGACAUGGAGGUACAGCACAAUGUGUCAGCCGCUAGUAAGGUGGACUCGGAUAAGCUGCAUGCAGACAGAGAGGUGGACGGUGAUCCUGCUGACACGCCUGAACGAGCAACAUGGGAACCAUCUGCUGGGAUGGCAGGACCCAAGGAGCGACCGGCUGUGGAUUGGGAAAUGCCUGAGACAGCACAGGACCCAGAGGAGCAGGAGGGGGCGACUGUGUGGCCGGGAAUCUUCCGGAGACUGGCCAGCAUCCUUCCAUUUUUAUUCAAAAGCCCUGAAAAUGAAUGUGGAAGAAAAGCUGCCGACAGGGGCAUGAGUCUGUAAAAUGUGUUUUCAUAUGUAUACUUUACCCAGUGUAUGUACAAUUUACAGAAACACUAUGAUCCAAGGAGGCCAACAGUGUUUAAGUAAGACUUGAAUAGAUUUUGUUCGAAUUUGGGUCAGGAUGUUGCUAUGGUGUGGUGUAUUUAGGAGUGUUUUUGUGUUUGAAAUGAUAAAAUAAUCCACAGAAAUUAGUUUAAAAUUGCAGAACAAACAUUUAUUGACACAAAGUUUCAUCACAGUGCAUAACGUUUCAUCUAACUGACAUUUGCAGCAUUCUUUGGUUUCAUCAGCAGAUAUUAUUUACAAAAUGUCUUUAAGUUCAGAUUUAUAAAUAUAAAUAAAUUUUGUACAUUCGUUGGUCUCCUGUCCUUGAUCAGUUGUUAUUGCAAUAAAUGGAGUGUCUUGAAUAUUUGACCAUUGUGUUCAUUAAAAAAAUGUCAACUUGUCAGUAAAGAAGUUAACCGAGUAUAUUAGUAUUUUAGCUUUUGUUGUAAUAUUUUGUCCUCAGCAUAUCAAAGUGAAAUUAAAUUUGCUUUUGUUGUGCAUUUAAACAUCUCAGUUGAGAUUAUUCAUGCGUAGCUGCUUCUAAAGUGUUUUAACAAAGCAAAACUGUGCAAAUAUGUAUUUGUGUUGAACAGAAUGAAAUCUACAGCAUCUCUAUAAGA